UCUAAACAGAGAGUAAGAGAAAAGGAAAACAGAAGAAAACGCAAAAAUGUCAGGAAGGGGAAAGGGAGGCAAGGGAUUGGGAAAGGGAGGAGCCAAACGUCACCGUAAGGUUCUCAGAGAUAACAUUCAGGGGAUCACGAAGCCGGCAAUUCGGCGUCUGGCGAGGCGUGGCGGCGUCAAGCGUAUCAGCGGUUUGAUCUAUGAAGAAACUCGCGGUGUUCUCAAGAUCUUUUUGGAGAACGUGAUUAGAGACGCCGUGACCUAUACCGAGCACGCUCGCCGGAAGACCGUCACCGCCAUGGACGUCGUUUAUGCUUUGAAACGUCAGGGCCGGACUCUCUAUGGUUUUGGUGGUUAG